GCGCCGCCAUCUUAGCCCCGGGAGGCGGCGUGAGGUGGGCGGCCGCUGGGUUCGGCGCUGGUGGUACUGGGAUGCCCGUCCGCCGCGCAGGGCCCUCGGCACUAUGAGCGCUCCUGUCGCCAGCGGCAGGCUGCAGCCCCUCCUGGAGACCCUGGAGGAUCCGGCCGCCCCGCCGGGAGAGCUCACCGACGUGCACCUUAGUAUCGUGAAUCGCUUGACUGGUGAGAAUGGCAAAGACUUCUCUGCAGAUGUCAGAAGACACUUCCCUCAACUUUGCAAAGUGUUUAAGGCGCACAUUUCUAGUCAAAACUUAGAGCUAAGUAAUGCAGCAUUACAGGCAUUGGGAUUCUGCGUCUUUAAUGCAAGUACUGCAUCUCAGUUAUCUGCAACUGAAAUACAAGACUUGCUUUCAGUACUGAACACUGUUGCUGUAAAAGCCUCAGAUAAAAACACUCGGAGUCGGGCACUUUGGGUGAUCUCUAAGCAAGCGUUUCCUUCUGAAAUUGUUAAAAAAGAGGUGUCCUGUAUUAUUUCUACCCUGGAAACUAUACUUACUAAAGGAGAUGUACAGUCUAUGGUGGUUGAAUAUGAAGCACUUAAUGUUAUUAUACGCUUAAUAGAACAAACUCCAGCCCAGAUGGGAGAAGAGGCUGUGAGGUGGGCAAAACUGAUCAUUCCUCUGGUCGUCCAUUCAGCUCACAAAGUGCAGUUACGAGGUGCCACUGCCCUGGAGAUGGGCAUGCCCCUGCUCCUCCAGAAGCAGCAGCAGGUAGCAGCUGUCACUGAGCACCUCAUGACCACAAAAUUAAUUUCAGAACUUCAGAAAUUGUUUUCUACAAAGAACGAGACUUAUGUAUUAAAAUUAUGGCCACUGUUUGUCAAAUUGCUUGGAAAGACUCUGCAUCGUAGUGGCAGUUUUAUCAACUCAUUGCUGCAGCUGGAGGAACUUGGAUUUCGUAGUGGCUCACCAGUGGUAAAGAAAAUAGCCUUCAUUGCAUGGAAGAGUCUAAUAGAUAAUUUUGCUCUAAAUCCAGAUAUAUUGUGCAGUGCUAAAAGGCUGAAAUUGCUCAUGCAGCCACUGAGCUCGAUCCAUGUGAGAACAGAGGCUUUGGCACUGACAAAACUAGAGGUCUGGUGGUAUUUGCUCAUGAGGCUGGGACCUCAGCUGCCUGCAAACUUUGAACAGGUUUGUGUACCAUUAAUCCGAAGUACUUUAAGUCUGGAUUCUUCUGCUCCGUUGCAAGGAACUCCCUCACGUGUACCAGCCAACCAAUGUUCAGGCUCGGCAACCCCUGCGCAGAAAUCAGGUCCUUACCCAUUUGCAAGUCCAGUCACACCAAGGAUGAACUUGAAUUCUAGUAUAGCCGGAGGCAUGGCGAUGCCUUCCAUUCAGCUUUUAGGAAUUGAAAUGCUGCUUCACUUCUUGAUGGGACCGGAAGUUUUAGAUUUUGCUAAGCAAAACAAACUUGUACUUAGUUUAGAGCCUCUCCAGUACCCACUGAUCAAUAGCCCUUCCUUUUUUUGUAAGCACGCCAGCACGCUUAUAAAGGCAGUUCAGGAUGGCUUUAUUGCAGUUGGAAAAGAAGUUCCUGAUUAUAUGCUGAAUGUUAUAUGGAAGGACCUAAAUGGAUACGUAAAAACAGCUAUUGAAUCAGAAAAUAAGAAAGAAAAGCAAGGAUCAGAAAUACUGACUAUGUUGCUCCAGGCCUUAAAAAACACUGUUAGAUCAGCUUCUCUUCCUGCACAGAAAAUACUGUCUCUCAUCAAUAUUACUGUUAAGGAAUUGCCUCCAAAAGUAUUGGGAUCACCAGCUUAUCAGGUUGCUGAUAUGGAUCUUUUAAAUGGAACACCAGCACUGUUCUUAAUUCAGCUGCCUUUCGAUAAUAACCUCUUGGAAUGUGGUGUAGCAGAUGAGAGAUUCUUUGUAAUUCUAGAAAUGCUUGUGGGCUGUGUUUUGUCUGGGCCUACAUCUCCGCUGGCUUUCAGUGAAUCUGUGAUCUGCAUUAUUAAUCAGAGUGCAAAGGAAGUGGAAAAUAAGGAGCAUCUUUGGCGAAUGUGGAGUAUUGUUGUUAAUCCGCUAACCGAAUGGAUUAAUCAGACUAACGAAGUAAAUCAGGGUGAUGCACUGGAACACAACUUCAAUGCUGUUUAUAGUGCAUUGUUGCUACCAGUAUUGCACAUCUUUCCCGUUCAGGAAUUCCCACAGCCAACUAUGAAAUCCUUGUUGCGCACUUGGUCAGACCUGUAUAGAGCAUUUGCUCGCUGUGCUGCUCUAGUUGCAACAGCAGAAGAAAACCUAUGCUGUGAAGAACUUUGUGCCAAAAUAAUAUCUGGGCUAGAAGGUGAAACUCCAGUAAUGUUGUCAAUGAUGGAUGGUCUCACGCAUAUUGUGUCAGUCAUGGUUGACUGCAUCAACUUUGCACCAUAUGGUACUAAAUACCAGCCAAAAAACAGAUCUCCACAGACGCCUACAGAUUGGUCUAAGAAGAAAAAGGAACCCCUUGGAAAGCUUGCUUCUCUAUUUAAACUCCUGGUGAUGUUACUAAACUCUUUCCAUGUGUUCAGUUCCAAAGAAAUCUGUUCAGAAACAUUGGUCUCUGUUGGUCCUUCAAUUAUUACUAUUCUUCACAACAUCAUCAGCCACGUUUCAUUGCCUUCAGUGAUUGGGACUAUGUUUGCAAUUUUUUCAAAACCCCUGGCAGUGUUUUAUGAAAAAACAAAGCUUGCUGAUGUAUCUAAAGUAUACAGUAAUCUUAACAACAAGCUUGAAAAACUGCUGGCCAAGAUAAUCCUGUGUUUAGAGUCUCACUGCACGGGCUCUUACGACAGUGAACUGCUAGAGCAGCUUUCUCCGUUGCUUUGUGUAAUAUUUCAGCAUAAGAGCAAACAGAUCCGCAACCAGUGCGCCCAGUUCUGGAACGCGACAUUUGCUAAGACAACGUCAUUAACAUAUCCUGAAGAGUUAAAAUCUGUGUUGAGGCAGGCCAAAAAGAAAAUUCCACUCCUGCUGCCUGGUUUUGAAAGCCUUGAGAUAGCUGAAGAAUACAGUGGCCCAUUCUCCGAUACGGUGGAAAAUUCACAGCUGGAUGCAAAGAUAAGUGGAAUGGAAGUUAAGUUGAGUCAAAAACGAGACUCUAUAUUGGCACAGGCAAGUGAACUGAAAAAUGAAGACAAGUCCAGUGAUAUGCAAGUGACACCUGCAAAGUUGAAACGAGAACGUUCAUCUUCGAAGACUAAAACUGAGAUACCUUUGGAAGAGGAGAAAUCUGUUGAUUUUGUGUUUAUUCCUCCAGAAACAAAAGCAAGAAUAUUGACAGAACAUCAAAAAGAAGUGCUUAGGUCAAAGAGAGUUGAUAUUCCUGCUAUGUACAACAAUUUGGAUGCAUCACAAGAUAGUACCUCAUUUUCUCAGUAUACCCAAAGCCAGGAAGAUUCUUUGGAAAAAGAACCUUCAAUAGAAAAUGCAAAAGAAGAUGUUAAAAACAAGCCUCAGGAAGAAGAUGGAAAGAGUGAAGGAUGGACCGACAAACCAGAUCAUCCUCUUGACGAUGCCACCUGUGUGAAAAAGUCAUCUGUUACUCAUAUAGAGGAGAGCUCAACUUUAAAUAGUGAGGGAGAGGCAAAAGAGGAUACAGCUAACGUGAUUCCAGAGGAGCCAUCGGUUGGAGAGGGAUCAGAAAAAAGUACUGUGGAAACAGCAUCAAAGGAACCCUUAGUAGUGAACGAAAACACUUCAAACGUCAGCAGCAGUUCAACUUCAAGUGGCAUAAUUUCUGGAACACCGCCAUCUGCAAGCCGACGGCAGUCUUUUAUCAUUUUGGAGAAAUUUGGUAGCUCAGAGAACAGACCCUUUAGCCUUUCAGCAUUAAACAGUUUAUCAGCGACGCCUGGAAAUGCUUCUGUGGUAGCUAAACCAGAAAAUACAAAUGUAUGCAAGACCAGUACUAAACCAGAAAAGUCUGGAGAAGAAAAUAAAAAGCCUUCGAAAUCAGAGUCUGAACAAAUUUUUACUGCGAUCCGAAGGCUAACUCGCAGGCAGACUAAAAUGGAGCACAAAGGCAAUAUGCAAUCCAAACUUGUAGCUAGGUCAGACCAAGAGAAAAGCGUACAAGAGUCUUCUGCUACCAACAGUACGGAAAAUAGUCCUGAACAGUCUCCUACAGUAGAAGACAUAGAAUACCUUCUCCUUUCUCAUUCCCAAACUCUCUAUUCCACAGAAGUAGAAAUUAAAAAAAUUGAAAAUGCGGUAGCAGAAAUGGAAGCAGAGCAGGCAUUAGAUACAGAUUCUAAAGAAAAUACGCCCCCAGAGGGGACUGUGUCAUCGGACCAGGUAACAGGCAAUGAUAGUCAGGUUCCACCUGUGACUCCUAAUCAGAAAAUACUAAGACGUUCUUCAAGACGACGGUCAGAAACUGUGGAAGGUGUGGGAGGUAGUCAGGAUAAGGAGGAUGGCCACCAAAAGAAAGACAGGCAUAAGGAAGAUGAAAAAUCUGGGCAAAAGAAGGUGCCGCAGACUAAGGAUGAUGGAUCGCAAAAGCAGAAAUCGGUUUCUGGGAAAACUACAGAAAGUACAAAUAAAGAAAGCGGCCCUCUUGAGAGAGCUGCUGCAGAGGACGUAAGCUCAAAGGGGUCUCCCGCUUCAGCGGACUUUGAUGAGGAAGCAAACAGAAGUGCUAGGAGAUCAGAAGGUAGCUUGAAUACUGACACAGAAAGUCAAGACUGUAGCUCAAGUACAGGAGGUCAGAAGAAGAUUGAGCGCCCACGAUACCACACCAGAAGAGCUUCACAAGGAUUGCUUGCCAGCAUAGAAAAUUCAGAGUGUGAUGGCUCCGAUGCCAAGGAGGAAAGCUCAAGGAAGAAAAGAUACGCAAAAGUGAAAAAUAGAGUUGAGUCUUCUGAAAGUAAACUGAAAGAUACACAGCUAGGAAGCCAUAGCCAUGAGGCGUCUUCCCAAGGAAACGUAACGAAGACUCUGUUGGAAACAAACAAAGUGAGCCAAGAAGUCAGCACAGAUGCUGUAGUGACAUCUGAAGCCUGUGGCCUGAAAAAUGAAGCAAUUCCUACAGAUGCUAACAAAGCUGUGGGAUCUCCCGGCUCACAGGAUUCACCUGAUGCACAGAACGCAAAUGUGGAACAAAACAAAAGCAAUACUUCGGUGGAAUCAUUCACCAUUUCGUGUGUAUCUGAUCAAGAUAUGAAAGCAGCAGAGGAAGAUGAAGAUGGUGAGAAGCAAACAAACAUAGGCUGUUGUCAGGCUGUUGUGUGUGAAGGUGUACCAGGGGCAAAUGCUUCAGGGAGUGAUCUUCCCCCUCAGCAAGUACCCGUGUGUCACCACAAAAAAAACAAAAGACAGAAGAGGUUAAGGAACAACUGUAAUCUCUGCUGUAAAAAGCAAAAGCAGCAACUCAGGUCGUUCAGUGAAUCAAAGAAUCAUGAACUGAGUGAGCCCCAAACCACCCCGGCUGAGGCGUCUGUAAAUACACCAGAGAUGGCGGGUAAAUCAAAUUUGGACGAGAGCUUGUGUAUGGUCCCUUGUGCAAUGAGCACUCCAUUGCAUCCUGCUCAGGCACCCAGCACUUGGGGUGUGGAAGGAGAGAGAACAACUGAAGAUAACCAGCCAGGAAAGAGUGUUGGAGUAGAGGAGAAUCUAGAGAAUCUAGAGCAUAUAGCAGGUGAAAUAACUGGCUCUGUAGUGGAAAUAAAAGAACCUGCCGAUCAGAAUGACCAAACUGAAGAGUGUCCAUUGGAGCGUGUUUCGGAUGAGCCCAGUGACGGCUGCCUGGCUGCAGGGAAUCAGAGCGAAGAACCAGCAGCUACAGAAAAAGAAGAAAUAAGUCAGAAUGGACAACUGGAAGAGAUACCCGAGGCAGUGAUUGUCAGCGAACCUGAGCAAGAACAGAUGAAUGAACUAGAAAGUAAUUGGGAUGAUAAACCAGCAGCUGAGAAUACUGCAGGGGAAACUUGCAUUAAUCAAGUUAAAGAGGUGAAAGAGGAAUUAGUAGAAACUGAAAUAAUGAUGCCUGAAAACGUGGCCUUGGACGGAGAAGAGGCAGUAGAAAAUCACAGUGUGAAUUCACCUCAGAAGCUGGAAGGUGAUUCUUUGGUGUUGGUUAAUGAAAGCCCUAAUGGUACGCAGACACGCUGCAUGUGGUCUCCUUCAGCUUCUCCAUCCACUAGUAUUUUGAAGAGAGGUAUAAAAAGAAAUCAAGAUGAUGAAUCCCUGUCACCUGUGAAUAAGAUUCGUCGAGUGUCUUUUGCAAAUCCAAUUUAUCGAGAAGGACUGGCAGAUGACAUAGAUAGGAGAAGUCCUGUCAUUAGAUCCCAUUCUUCACCAUCUUCCCGAAGUCUUAAAAUUUUAUCUAAUGUUCAGGCUAAGAAUAUUACCACUCCGACCAAAGGAUGUCUAUCUCCAGGAUCUCGCAACCCUAAAUUUAAGAGCUCAAAGAAGUGUUUAAUAACGGAAAUGGCUAUGGAAUCGGUGCCUUGCCCUACAGAAUGCAUGUAUCCUGCCUUAGCUGGCUGCAAAGCACCAGUUGAGGUGAUUUUACCUCAGAUUACAUCAAACAUAUGCGCCAGGGGCUUGGGGCAGCUCAUUCGAGCAAGGAACAUUAAGACAGUGGGUGAUCUGAGUACUUUGACAGCAUCAGAAGUCAAAACUCUUCCCAUCCGCUCUCCGAAAGUUUCCAAUGUUAAAAAAGCUCUUAAAGGAUAUCAUGGGCAACAGGUAAGAUCUCGAGGAUUUGAGGAAAUAGAAGCACUUGAAGAUGCAGAAAAGCCCAUGAAUAAUGUAGAGGAUAAAUCUCUUCCUGUAGAUGAAGAAAAAUUUGCAACAGAUUUCAUUGAGCCUGUUGUUACGAAUACAGAUGACCAGCCCCCAGCAGAUCUUCUGAGCCAGAUUGAUGCGCUCGCUGCUCAGCUGACCUCCGAAGAUCUUCACGGCUACUCAGGAAGCCAGCUUUUUGAGAUGCAAGAAAAACUUGUCGGCAUGACAAACUGUAUCAUGAAAAACCUGCAGUCCCGCUGGAAAUCGCCUCCCCAUGAAAGUUCUGAUUAGUUGUUUAUCCUUUCUAAGUAAGGAGAAUUUUGUUACAGUUUUCCCCAAAACCUGCUUUUCUUGCUAGUGAAUUACUUUUUAAACUGCAUAAACCGUAGAAGAUUUUUUUAACACUUAUAUGACCAAAAUGUAUCAUGUUUGGGAUUUGUUGGUUUGUUUUUUUUCCUUGGGUUUGUUUUGUUGUUCUUAUUUGCAGGAUCACUUACUCCCCGAUAGAUGUAUUUGUAUUGUAUUGCUAUGCAUAUUUCUUUCAGGUCAUGAAAGAAAACUUGAUAAAAGUUGUGCAAUAGCAAAGAUGUGAAACCAAACCAACAUAGUUAAAUUAUUUUUUCAAAUUUGAAGUGUUCUUACUGCUGCAAACUCUUAGUAUUUGGUAAGAGAUCGAUCUCACGGCUCUGUGCGUCUGCUGCCCCUGUUUCUCUGCUUUUAAGCUGCUGAAACCUCUGACAGGCAGUGGCUCUCCCUUCAGCACCGUUUUAUACCGAGAUAAACUGAGCUUAAUUUCUUUACGGCAGCAACGGCCCAGCAACCUGGUAUUUUGACAACGUGGAUGACAUCUAUUUUUGCAUGUAUUUUUGUAAGAAUUGCACAAAGAAGCGGGUAACGGGAUGUACCCUUACAGGCAGAAGACUGCAGAACUUCUCAGGCUUUUCCCUGUGUUUGUUGUUGGCAGCAGUUCUCCUUCUGUGGAGGAGACUCUCUUUGGAGAAAUGAAUGGAUUUGACAAGAGCCCUUUGUAUAUUAUGUACAGACUUAUCACAGUAAAUUUUGGUUAAUAAUUUAUGAUUUUGACUUUAAAUUGCAUGGAAUGCAUUGCUGCUUCUCGGAGACCUUCAGAGAGAGUUCUUGGGUUUUACUCUGGGAAUCUUAAUUUGUAUGUAUUGUACUGUAGCUAUCACAUUUUGAUUUUAGAACUUAAAUGCAGACAAAUAAAACAGCAGAUAGUUCCCAAA